CACUCUUUCGACAAGUUGAUUUGUUGAUCUCUUGGUCAUCAAAACAACUGUACAGUGUACAAUAUUUUUAUUUCAUUACAAGCGCCGUUUCAUCCUAUUCGACCAGUAUAAACACAUUUUUGAGUGUUGUUGUACAUUUGAGUGUUGCAAAAUCUGUCAGUAAUGGCAGAGGCCCCUCGACUUCCAGAUGGGAGAAUUGAUCUCGAUCAUCCAAGAUAUGAUCAAACCACAUUUUGGGGCAGAGCUAAACAUUUCUUUACGGUAACUGACCCAAGAAAUCUCCUUCACUCCGAAGCUGAGCUAGAUCGCUGUAAAAACCUCUUGCAGAAGUAUAGGGUGAAACUUGAACCACCUGGAACAACAGAUGAAGACAUAUGGUAUGCAAAGAAAAUCUAUGAGUCCGCAUUUCAUCCAGAAACUGGGGAGAAGAUGUUUAUUGUUGGUCGAAUGUCAGCUCAGGUUCCUUGCAACAUGACAAUAGUUGGUUGUAUGAUGACAUUUUACAAGACUACUCCUCAAGUGUUGUUUUGGCAGUGGAUUAAUCAGUCAUUUAAUGCCAUUGUGAAUUAUACAAAUAGAAGUGGUGAUAGUCAUAUCACUAAUCAGCAACUUACCCAAGCAUAUGUGGUUGCAACAACCAGUGCUGUCGCAGUGGCAGUUGGUUUGAACUCAUUAGUAAAGAAAGCUCCACCAUUGGUUGGUAGAUUUGUUCCAUUUGUUGCUGUUGCCUCUGCAAAUUGUGUUAACAUUCCAUUGAUGAGGCAAAGAGAGCUUAAGAAUGGUAUUCCGGUGUAUGACAAAGAGGGAAAUAAACUAGGAAUUUCAAAGUAUGCUGCCAAAAUAGCUGUCCCCAGUGUGGUUUUAUCGAGAGUUAUAAUGACAACACCUGGAAUGGUAAUACCACCUUUUAUAAUGAAUCGUUUGGAUGCUACCCAAUUUAUGAAAAGAUUACCAUGGACUGCUUCUCCAAUACAAGUAUUCUUAGUUGGCUGUUGCCUUGUGUUUGCCACACCAAUGUGUUGUGCAAUAUUUCCACAAAGAUUUUCACUAGCAUUCAAUCACCUUGAACCAGAGUUGCAAGAAGAAUUGAAAAGAAAGGACCAAGUUUAUGAUUAUGUGUAUUUCAAUAAGGGACUAUAAUUUUUUAGCAGAUAUGUCAACAUGUAUUUAGGCUUUCUGUAAUGUAAAAAAAUGGAAUAAAAUUGUAGGAU